ACUUGGCGUCGUCGGACAUUCUCAAUAACAUCUGGUACGCUUGAAGAGUCAACAAUGUCCGCCAAAAAGACAGAUGAAGAUUGGCGCAAGACAUUGUCACCCCAACGAUAUCACAUACUCCGCGAGAAGGGAACCGAAAUCAGAGGGACUGGACAGUACAAUGAACACAAAGAGACCGGAGUGUAUCUGUGUGCUGCUUGUCAUAGUAAGCUAUAUGAAUCAUCUCAUAAAUUCAGUUCAGGAUGUGGAUGGCCCGCAUUUUUCGACUCUGUUCCAGGAGCUGUGAAUCGUAACGUGGAUACAUCCCACGGGAGAGUUAGAACUGAGAUUACUUGCUCUAAUUGUGAUAGUCAUCUUGGACAUGUUUUUCAGGGGGAAGGACACAAUUUUACUCCGGCAGAUGAACGCCACUGUGUAAAUAGUCUUAGUAUCAAAUUCCAACGACCAAAUGGUAGUAUCGAUAACAGCGAGGAUAGAUAA